CUCACGUGUCAGUCGCCGAGUGACCGUCAACAAAACGAGAUCAUUUUCUUUCUCUACAUAUUGAGACAUAAAAGCCUUGGUGAAUAUACAGAACGCCGAAAGAGAUUUGUCUGAGCGAUGGCGUGCCCCAUGAGAAACGGAGGAGGCGAGGACACAAGUCAGGAUGGCGAUCAAUUGACCGAGGGUCCGGGUAUGCUUUACGGCGAAUACCUUCGUCUGGAUAAAAUACUGUCGGCUCAAAGGAUGCUGAGCUCGCAAUGUGGCGAGGAAGGCGUACACGACGAGCAUCUAUUCAUCGUAACCCACCAAGCAUACGAGCUAUGGUUCAAGCAAAUCAUCUUCGAACUUGACUCUGUCCGCGCCUUGUUCAACACUGAGGGUCUUGACGAAUCGAGAACGCUCGAAAUAUUGAAGAGGUUGAACCGAAUCGUCCUUAUACUGAAACUACUCGUGGACCAGGUGAUGAUCCUGGAGACGAUGACACCACUUGACUUUAUGGCUUUCCGCGACUACCUCUGUCCUGCAUCCGGUUUCCAGUCGCUCCAGUUUCGCCUGCUCGAGAACAAGCUCGGCCUGCUUCAGGAGCACAGAGUAAAGUACAACCAGAGUUACACCAGGGUAUUUGGCAGGGAUCCCGAGGCUAUGACAGCUCUUGGCCUCGCGGAGAACGAGCCGAGUCUGAGCUGCCUGGUCCAGCGAUGGCUGGAGCGCACGCCUGGAUUGGAACCCCACAAUUUCGACUUCUGGGGAAAGUAUACCAGAGCGGUUGAAGGGAUGCUGACGGAGCAGGAGGCUUCGGCCAAGGCGGAGAAGAGCGAGCAGGUGAGAAACCAUCGGCUCUCCGACAUCUCUUCGCGGAGGGCGGUCUUCGAGACGAUAUUCAACGAGGCUCUUCACGACGCUCUUGUGUCAAGAGGAGAGCGGAGAUUUACUCACGCGGCUCUCCAAGGCGCCGUUAUGAUAACGCUGUACAGAGACGAGCCUCGGUUUAGUCAGCCUCACCAGAUCCUCACGCUACUCAUGGACAUCGAUUCCUUGAUCACGAAAUGGCGAUACAAUCACGUCAUCAUGGUCCAGAGGAUGAUUGGCUCCCAACAGCUCGGCACCGGUGGUUCUUCCGGUUAUCAGUACCUGCGGUCCACACUGAGCGAUCGUUACAAGGUGUUUUUGGACCUUUUCAAUCUGUCAACGUUUUUGAUUCCGCGAAAUCUCAUCCCGCCGUUGAGCAGGGACAUGAAGGCGAAGCUCUCGGGCGCGUGGGGAUGUUGGGGAGCCGAUGAUGAUCAAAACAAUCUAGAAAGCUCCGCCGAAGCUUCUAUGUAGACUAUAAUUCACGCAUCUACGUGAUAUGUGAUUUGCUUCAAGUCAGCACCGGAAAGGGGGAUAAAUGAAGAGUCAAAUUUUAUUUUCAUGAGUUGUAGUAAAGUUAAUAUAAUAAUUAUAAUUUAACGCGUUUACUUAUAA